AUGGCCAUGCCGGAGUGCCUCGAGGGGAUUCCUAUCGGCGUGGUGCUCGUGCAAGUGCGCCCUGCGUCGCCUGUUGAGAGCCAGGGAGGGGGCGUGCUCAAGGAGGAAGAGAUACAGCGUCUCGCAGCGUGCACAGAGACCGCAUCGGUCCUCCACGACCUCGCCGCCCUCCAAAGCCUCCACGCGCUCGAGGCCGAGGUCGAGCGCGAUGCGUGGAACCUAUGGUGCGCAGGGAUGUAUGCAGGCACGAUGCGCAUACGCAUCUAUGCGGCGGCUUCCGAGCGGCACAGGACACCACGCAAAUCCAAGCGGCCGCCCCCACCGCGGCCCGCCGCCACGCUCUGGGAACGCGUUCUGCCGCACGUCUUGGUCGGCACGCUGGAGUGGCACGCACUGAGCCGCGAGUCCGAUGCGACGCCAAGCGACGCCAAGCAUUUCUGGCGCGAGGGACUCUCGCAAUGGUCGCUCGCCGAACUAUACCGCCGCCUGCCUAGUCCACCGGACGCGCAGCUGGAUCUGGAUAUUCCGCUCAAGUGCACGCUCUAUUCGUACCAAUGCAACUCUCUCGCAAAGUUGUUGCAGCGCGAGCUCGAGCCAGAGAGCUACUGCGACCCAUAUUUUUUGCAGCGGACAUGCCCUGUGCCGAUGCGCAGUGGCGAGCGCUCCUAUGCCAUGGAUCCUGCGACGUACGAAUUCUUUCCGUGCUCUGCGGUGAGUGUCUACCCCGACUUGAAAGGAGGAAUCUUGUGCGACGAGAUGGGCGUCGGCAAAACGAUCAUCUGCAUCGCGCUUAUUCUAAGCACCCUUUCGCACGUCUCGCAGCCGGACCAGGAGCCCAUGGCGAGCGCGACAACAAGUCUUAUGGCACUCCAGUUUCCGCAGCACGAGUACCAAGGUGCAGAUCCCGCGCGAGGACUUGCGCUUGACCUCGUCACGGCACCGUUUGGCGCACCGAGUCCGGGCGAGCGCAUCUCGCGCGUACGCCCGCCUAAAGCAACACAGGCUGAGACGCCGCCGCCGAAAGAGCAUAUCGAAGGACGUGUAUCGUUGGCCGAGAUUGCUGCGCAUCGCCUGCGUACGACCAACAUGUGUCCUCCGUCGGUGCUUGCGACUUUGCCGCCCCAGCUGCAAGACCUGCUCGGCCUUGCUUCUGCACCGUUCAUCCAUCUAUGGCCGCCGCCGCCCACGCGUAUGUCACGUAUUAGCCAGAGCCGUACACCGCUGCGUGUCUACCUGACAUCGGCGACGCUCGUCCUUGUCCCACUCACGCUCCUUGUCCAGUGGCUCGAAGAGAUCGAGAAGCACUGUGAGCCCGGCGCACUGCGUGUGCUGGCGGUUCCUGAUAUACAUACACCCCUGCCGGAUGCGUUGCACCUCGCGCAGGGCUAUGACAUUGUGCUCAUGUCCCACUCGCGUUUCGGCAAGGAAGCUGGCGACGAUCAGCAAGGCAUGCGCUCGGACCUCGACGCGUCGCCCAUCAUGCAAGUCUACUGGAAGCGCGUGAUCAUUGACGAAGGUAACAUGCUCGCAGGCGACUCGCUCGUCGUCCGUCUGUGCUCCUAUCUCCGUGUCGAACGCCGCUGGAUCGUCACAGGCACACCGACCGAGGCGCUGGUCGGCUCGAGUCUCAAAGCGUCGGGCGCCGCGCUCACGUCCCCGUCCAAGGCACGCCCGACAUCGUGGACCCCUGCGGAACGCAAGAGUCUCGACCGCUUGAAAUUGCUCCUGGUGCGUUUCCUUCGACUCGCACCGUUUGUCGGGGCGUCCGCGAGCAUGGCCUCAGCCGCAAAGGCGUCUGGUCUUCCAUCGGGCAAGGAGCGCGACUGGAAUGCUCUGAUGGCCGCACCGCCAGACAACAGCGGUGAGUGGACGGCCAAGUGCCGUCUGUAUGAUGUCUUGGCCCGCGUCAUGGUACGUAACCGCGUCGAAGACGUCGAGCGCGAAUGCCCCUUGCCGCCGCUUGAGCACCGCGUGGUAUCGCUGGCCCUUUCUGACUUGGAGCGCAAGACUUACAAUGUCCUGCAGUCGCUCAUUGUCUUGAAUGCGGCGCUAUCCGAAGAGUCUGACAAGGACUAUUUCUUCCACCCAAGUAACCGCAAAGCGCUAGCCGCUGUCAUGGAAAACUUGGCGCUUGCCUGCUUUCACUUUGCCGGUCAGGGCUUCUUGGAGCAGACCAAAAGCGCACGCGACCUGAUCGAGACACAGUAUGCUUCGCUCAAGGAGCCCUACAAAGAGCGCGUCCAUGAGGCGAUGUGCCAGCUUGACGCGGCGCUCGAAGAUGAAACAUGGAAGGAGCAUUUGGCCCGUGGAGACGUCUUGUACACGACGCAAGGCGCAUCCGGCGAGCUUGUGCAAGCGUGGACCAGCCGCUCAGCGACGCACAUGACCUCGGAGGAGCUCGUCUCGAUGCGCCGAGCCUGCGCCGAAGCGUUGCGAGAGAGCAGCCUAGAUGCAGACGACCUCUAUGACGAGCUCAUUACAAAAGGGAUGCAGUACGCCCAGCGUAAGCAGGGGAAGUCGCCGGGACGCACGCCGGAUGCGCCAAAGACGGUUGUGACCCUCGCCUCGGACCACGCGACCGCCUCGGCGAAUUUGCAGCGUGCACGUCAUUCGAUUCAGCCACGGGGCCGCGCGCGUGCGCCUUGGGAAGAGGAGAUUACGCUCCCUGAAGGAAUGGACGACAUUCGCGUCACCAAAACGUCGUCGACGAAGCUGGACGCAAUGUUGGUUGAGAUCCUCACGUCGAUCGAGUCGGAAAAGGUGCUCGUCUUUUCUAUGCUGGACAAUGUGCUCUUUGAGCUUGCCGCAGCACUCGAUGUCGUACAAGUGCCUUAUUUGUGCUAUGUUGCAGGUAUGCCGCAAAAGCUCCGAAAUGAGUACGCAAGCAGUUUCGCUCACUCGUCGACCUACCGCUGCCUGCUCAUGUCGACAACGGUGGGUGGCCGUGGGCUCGAUUUGCACUGUGCCAGCCGCGUUCUAUUUGCUGAGCCUGUCUGGCAGCUGGAUCUGGAGAGCCAAGCGAUUAAGCGUGCGUGGCGCAUGGGGCAGACACGACCGGUCGUCGUAUCGACCUACGUCAUGCAGCACACGUUCGAGGAUCGGCUAGUGGUGCGUAAAAAGGCGCGCAUCGCCGAGCUCCACGAGACCAGUACGAUCGACGAUGCCAAGACACUCACAGAGGACCCCGGCAUGCGCGAUUUUGUCGCCCACCCGCGGUUUGUGCAGCCCGCUCCUGCAGAGGAGACACGGUUGUCCUGUUCUGCCUUUCAAAUGACACCGACCAAGGACGAGGGGCCGAAGAAGCGCGCAAAACAUGUACAUUAG